AACGAAAAUAAAGUAAGUGGAUAUCGUUUUACUGAUAUUUCGAUCCUGUGCACUGCUCCAAAAUAUGUUGCCAUCCAAUUCAACGAAUUGACAUAAUUUUGAUGGAUGACAGUUCAAAACCAAUGGGUCAUGUCUCUCUCACACAUGUAACUCGUGUGGAUGGACUGAAACAUUUUAUACUUCAGAGAAAAAUAGCUAUUUUUUACAUAAAUGAAAGAAUGGUAUAUGCAGUGAGGUCAAUUGGUUGUGGGCAAUCCCCAAUGUCUCGGUUCUCUGUUCUACAAUGAACAUGCCACCACUAGUUGGCUCAAAGCCAUUUAGGCAGCACACGAAAGUGAUACGAUGGGCUGCAAAUGAUGUUGCUGAACAAACAAUAAAGGAUGCAGCAGAGAAAUGUACAACUCGAAGACUGAGGAUGGUGAAGACAUUGUGGAAACUGCUGUUUCAUGUGAUGGAACAUGGCAAAGAAGGGGAUUUACCUUGUCGCACAGAUGCGUAACCGUCAUUUCCAUGGAAAAUGGAAAAAUGUUGGACGUAGAACCCUUGAGCAAGGUCUCCAAAGCAUGCAUUAUUUCAACAUUAGUGCCAAAGCAACUAUUGAAGUCUUCAAAGCCUUUGGUAAUAAAUUCAGGAGCUUUUUGUGUUACUGGAGUAAGGGAAGCCGAUCGGCUUUGUGUUACGAAAUCUAGCUACAAGCCGAAGGAGAAGAAUAAAGUGCCGAGAAAUGUCAUCAGGGGAAGAAAUAAGAGGAAAGGUGACAAGAAUGAAGUAGAAGAGGAAAAACAUAUGCAGCAGGUUCAUUUCAAAUACACUUUGAUGUAAUUUAUCUGUUUAAAUGUAAUUUGUUUGUCUCCAAAAGUUAUCGUGCAACUUUGAACUCGAUUUUCUCAAAAUGACAUUUUACCGAAGUCGGGACGCUCUCUCUCAUUCAAUAUUAGUCCAAAUUUAAUAAAAUUUUCAGAAUAUAAUGAUUGUAAAUAGAUCUAAAACCCAAAC